GCGUUUUGCACGUUUAAUGCGUUAAAACCAAGAGUUCCCGGGAUUCUCAUGAAGAUUAAAUCUUUGUUUUGAACAGGAGAAAUCUGGACACGGAGUCGAUGUGGAGAUGCAUCGUAAAUUAACUCUUAUUGAAUAAUUCCACAUAAGAGCAACGGCAGCAGCCACUGAGGAGCCUUUACCAUGCAGGGAUACACAUGGAGUUCAAAUCAGCGUCCUUCGCAAAGGUACCAAGAUCGGCCUCCACCACAAUACCAAGAACGACUUCCACCUCAUUACCAAGAACGGUCUCCACCUCAGUACCAAGAACGACUUCCACUUCAGUACCAAGAACGGUCUCCACCUCAGUACCAAGAACGACUUCCACCUCAGUACCAAGAACGGUCUCCACCUAAUUACCAAGAACGAUCUAAUCCUCAGUAUCAAGAACACUUCCCACCCAAUUACCAUGCUGUCAGAAAUGAUCAACCCAGUGCAUUCCAGGUACAGCUCAUCCCGCAAAUGCAAACCACAUUACAGACAAGAUAUUCCAAUGGUCAACAAGAGGCUGCAAAUCAGUGGAACGCUUGCUCAGGCAGUGACACUUCUACUUUUCAACCAAACUCAAAUGGAUAUGAUUGGUUGAAACGGACAAACCAGAUCCAUCCCCAGCACCGAUUUACAGCCAACCACACACAGCAGCACUACCCACCUGACAACCCCAACGCAUAUAGGCAUCAUCCCCAAUUCGUGCAAUGGCAUGAUUCCUCCCCACAGAAUUACAGAAACACAGGCUAUAGUCAAGCUCCAAUGUAUUGGUCUCCACAGUCAGACCAUGGCAGCUCUGUGGGUAACAGCAGGGGUUGGAGUUCCCACAUUUCCAACAAUGGCAGCUCUUGUUCCAUGAACAAUCAGCAACAAUUUCAAGCCCCUAGAAUGGCUGCUCAUCAUCACCAUCAACAACAACAACAAGAAGAGCUCUCUAGACAAUAUUCAGGCAAAACACGAAGAUGCCACACACAAUACUCUUCUCAGGCCUCCCAAAAAAUUCCUAACAAUCAAGCUCAGAGCAGAAUUGAGGCCAAUCGUACCUCGUGCAACUCUACGACACCACCUUCUGAAGCACAGAGCAAUGUUUCAUUGCCUUCCAAUAAUUUAAACCAAAGUCCUGUUGACCAGAAUCGGCCAGAACUUGGGUCAAAUGCAGGUCCAGAUGUAUCGGCGACCCAGCCUCAGAAUAAUCAAGAUGCUGGACAUCAGUCUCAGGGCACAAACAAUGGGACAUGUAACGUUAAUCAGACCUCUCAAACGACACAGACCAGUAAAGCCCAGCUUCAGCCCCACUCUAAAACUGAUUUUAACUUGUCAUCUUAUGCUGACUCAAUAAUAUAUAGAUUACUGUGUUCAAAUGAUAAUGAACAAUCAGAUGAAAGAACUGCACAUCAGAACACUCGUCCAGAACAGUCGGAGGUUUGUGCAACCAGAAGGACUGACAAUCACUCAAAGGAACCAAGAGCACAGUGUACAGUUGAACCGCCCAGCAAAAGAAUGAAGUAUGCUGUGAUUCAGAGAGACUGUUGGAACAAAGUAACAAUAGUGUCCAAAGACAAAAUUGAUUUUGGGGUGCAAUAUGCCCAAACUGGUACCCAUCAGACAAGUAAUGAUGAGAACAGACGUAAAGGAACGAGCCAACACAACAUACAGUACAGUACGGACCCAGCAGACUGUCUUGAAGUGGUGUUUGCACUACAGAAAGCUGCUCAGCAAAUUCACAAGGCCAUAGCCAUCGUUCCACCCAUUUCCCAACAGAUCAUAAACACUGCACCGACAGCUGAUACCAGCCCCAAAAAAGCUGAAAGUCCACCGUUAAAGAUUGAUUGCGUUUGGUCACUUGUUGAAGAGUCUAAUGAACAAAAAACUGUAAAUGACAAGCUGUCUGAAUCCUCCUCACAAACGGCUGAACAGGACAACAAAAGCCUUGAAAACACGACUGAAAGCAACAUCGCAGACCCCGAUGCAUGCUCUGCUAGCCGGGUUGAAUGUCAAAAUGAUGUGCAGCAAAGUGACUGUGAUUCAAGUAAUCCUUCAUUUGACUUGUCCAAUGUGCCAGUGAUUGACCACACACUGGAGAAACUGAUGGACUUAGCAAAGUCUUUAGAGAUGACAGAGUUAUUGGCCGGAUAUCCUGAGUAUUCUGAGAGCGUUUUAGAAAGGAUCGUGAAACUCUACUGGAAUGGGAAAGCUUCCAAUAUGUUGGAGCCUCUGAAAUCAUUUGGUGAGGUACUGCACUUAUCCAUAAUAUAUGCAAAGGAUUACGGGUCUGUGGUAUUUAAAGGCAUCGAAACUGAAAACCUGAAGAAGCUAGCUCAUUGCAACAUUCUCAAAAAAGAGAUGUAUUCAUCGUCAGAGGAGUUCAGGUCUUCUUGGUUAAAUGUUGAUGGACAGCCAGCUGAUAUUGAAAAGGUGCUUUCAGAGCCACAGUUGGAUGACGCAACUGUGUUCAAGGCAACACCACAGACUUUUUCAGAUAACACUGUUGUCGCUUCAGCCAGUUUAGGUGUGAAUUCCCUCACAGACAUGCCUGAGGUUUCAUCCGAGGAGAAAAGUGUGAAUCCACACACGAGCAGUCCAACAGAUCUUUUCAUACAAAAGGCUGGAAAUGACAGUGAGGAAGUGACUGCGGAAAACCAUGGGCAUUCAUAUGUAGUGCUCAGAAAAGAAAGUGAGAAAGAGACAUUCAAGAAACAAGAGGACAUCAAUCAAAACCAAAAUUUUAAUACAGAACCCUCAGACAUCUCACCUUUAGCUGAAAGGUCUACAGAGAAACCUGCAGACCUCGGCAAUGCAAAAGAAGUAUUCAGACAAGAUCACGAGCAAACACGUGAUAAUGUAUCAGAUUCACCGUCUCUGAGCCCUGGAGACAGUGUUUCAGAUGGUGUAAAAAACUCUGAGGUGUCUUUCUCUACUGAGACUCAUUGUACCUCCAUGGAUACAUUGCAGGUGGAAGAUGUUUCUGAUGAUAAAAAUCCAGGCAAUAAAGAGGCUCUGAAUAACUCCUCAGACGCUUGGCUGGUAGAAGAUAUUUCCAAUGAUGAAAAUCCAGUCAGUAAAGAAGCUCUGAAUAACUCCUCAGAAACCUGGCUGGUAGAAGAAAUUUCUGAUGAUGAAAAUCCAGGCGAUAAGGAGGCUCUUAAGAACACCUCAGACACCUGGCUGGUAGAUGAUAUUUCUGAUGAUGAAAAUUCUGGAAAUAAGGAGGUUCUUCUUAAUUCCCCAAACAUCUGGCAGGUGGGAGACAUCUCUGAUAAUGAGAAUCCAGGCAAUAUGGACACUCCAAGCAACUCCUCAGACAUAUUUGCGGUGGAAGAUGUUUCUGCUGAUGAAAAUUCAAGCGAUGAUUCCUUGUUUAUGGGAAGAAAUUUCUGA